GGACGUCCGAGCGGCGGAGUGGCACCUCUCGCGGCACCUUCCCCCGCCCGCGGCGGCCGCGCUGGGCAUGCUCAGUCGGCAGGGCCGCUCAGCUCCUGGAGUAGGAAGCCUGGGUUCUCCGGCUGCAAGAGCCGCGGCGGGGGGAUAAUGGAUCCCUUCACCAAUGAUCUGCUUCAGCUCCCCAGGAAUAUGAUUGAAAACAGCAUGUUUGAGGAAGAACCAGAUGUGGUGGAUUUAGCCAAAGAGCCUUGUUUACAUCCUCUAGAGCCUGAUGAAGUGGAAUAUGAGCCCCGGGGUUCACGACUGCUAGUGCGGGGUCUUGGUGAGCAUGAGAUGGAUGAGGAUGAAGAGGAUUACGAGUCAUCUGCAAAGCUGCUGGGCAUGUCCUUUAUGAACAGAAGCUCGGGCCUUCGGAACAGUGCAGCCGGCUACAGGCAGAGCCCCGACGGGACUUGCUCGGCACCCUCUGUGAGGACCGUGGUGGUCUGUGCUUUUGUCAUUGUGAUUGCUGUUUCUGUAAUCAUGGUGAUUUAUCUACUGCCCAGAUGUACCUUUACCAAAGAAGGCUGCCAUAAAAAAAACCAAUCAAUGGGACUAAUUCAGCCAAUUGCAACAAAUGGGAAGGUAUUUCCAUGGGCACAAAUCAGGCUUCCCACUGCCAUUAUGCCACUACGCUACGAGCUUAACCUGCACCCCAACCUGACCUCGAUGACAUUCAGGGGUUCUGUGAUGAUUUCACUUCAGGCUCUUCAGGCCACAUGGAAUAUCGUUCUUCACAGCACAGGCCAUAAUAUUUCAAGAGUGACCUUUAUGUCAGCAGUUUCAAGCCAAGAGAAACAAGUUGAGGUCCUGGAAUAUCCGUUUCAUGAGCAGAUUGCCAUUGUUGCCCCUGAAGCCCUUCUUGAAGGGCACAAUUAUACCUUGAAGAUAGAGUACUCGGCAAAUAUAUCUAGUUCUUACUAUGGGUUUUAUGGCACUUCCUACACAGAUGAAAAUAAUAAGAAAAAGUACUUUGCAGCAACUCAGUUUGAACCCUUGGCAGCAAGAUCCGCUUUUCCUUGUUUUGAUGAACCAGCAUUUAAAGCUACAUUUAUCAUCAAGAUCAUAAGGGAUGAGCAAUACACUGCUUUAUCAAAUAUGCCUAAGAAGUCAUCAGUCAUUAUGGAAGAUGGGCUUGUUCAGGAUGAGUUUUCCGAGAGCGUGAAAAUGAGCACGUACCUGGUCGCUUUCCUCGUGGGGGAGAUGAAGAACCUGAGUCAGGAUGUAAACGGAACCCUGGUUUCUAUAUAUGCUGUACCAGAAAAGAUUGGUCAAGUUCACUAUGCCUUGGAAACAACUGUGAAGCUUCUUGACUUUUAUCAAAACUACUUUGAAAUUCGAUACCCACUUAAGAAACUGGAUUUGGUGGCUAUCCCUGACUUUGAAGCAGGAGCAAUGGAAAAUUGGGGGUUGCUCACCUUCCGAGAAGAGACACUUCUGUAUGACAGCAACACUUCUUCAGUGGCGGAUAGAAAACUGGUUAUUAAGAUCAUUGCUCAUGAGUUGUCCCAUCAGUGGUUUGGUAAUCUGGUAACAAUGGAGUGGUGGAAUGAUCUAUGGCUAAAUGAAGGUUUUGCUACUUUCACGGAGUAUUUCUCUUUGGAAAAAAUAUUUAAAGAACUCUCCAGUUAUGAAGAUUUCUUAGAUGCUCGGUUUAAAACCAUGAAGAAAGAUUCCUUGAAUUCAUCUCACCCAAUAUCGUCAUCAUCUGUUCAGUCUUCAGAACAGAUUGAAGAAAUGUUUGAUUCUCUUUCCUAUUUUAAGGGAGCUUCUCUCUUGUUGAUGCUGAAAACUUAUCUUAGUGAAGAUGUAUUUCAACAUGCUGUUAUUCUUUACCUGCAUAAUCAUAGCUAUGCAUCUAUUCAAAGUGAUGAUCUGUGGGAGAGUUUUAAUGAGGUCACAAACAAAACACUAGAUAUAAAGAAAAUGAUGAAAACCUGGACCCUGCAGAAAGGAUUUCCUUUAGUGACUGUUCAAAGAAAAGGAAAGGAACUUCUUAUACAACAAGAAAGAUUCUUUUCAAAUAUGAAGCCUGAAAUUCAGCCUUCGGAUGCAAGCUAUCUGUGGCAUAUUCCAAUAUCCUAUGUCACUGAGGGAAGAAAUUACUCACAAAAUCCAUCAAUAUCAUUACUGGACAAGAAAUCAGGUGUCAUCAAUCUCACAGAAGAAGUGCAGUGGAUCAAGGUCAAUACAAACAUGAAUGGCUAUUAUAUUGUACACUAUGCAGACGAAGACUGGGAAGCACUAAUCAAACAGCUCAAAAUAAAUCCAUAUGUCCUGAGUGACAAAGAUCGAGCCAACCUCAUCAACAACAUCUUUGAACUUGCAGGCCUAGGCAAGGUUCCUCUCCAGAGAGCCUUUAAUCUGAUUGAUUAUCUCGGAAAUGAGACCUGUACAGCACCCAUCACUGAAGCCCUGUAUCAAACAGACCUCAUCUAUGACCUCCUCGAAAAACUGGGAUACAUGGAUCUAGCCUCAAGGCUAGUGACCAGGGUAUUUAAAUUGCUUCAAAGCCAAAUCCAGCAGCAGACCUGGACUGAUGAGGGCACACCAUCUGUUAGAGAGCUCCGGUCAGCCUUGCUGGAAUUCGCUUGUGCCCACAGCCUAGAGAACUGCACCACUGCCGCCAUGAAACUGUUCAGCGACUGGGUGGCAUCCAACGGAACUCAAAGCCUGCCUACUGAUGUCAUGACUACUGUGUUCAAAGUUGGAGCUAAAACUGAGAGAGGCUGGUCAUUCCUCUUAAGCAAGUACGUCUCUAUAGGCUCUGAAGCAGAGAAGAAUAAAAUACUUGAAGCUCUGGCCAGCUCAGAAGAUGUACGGAAACUUUACUGGUUAAUGAAGACUAGCCUCAGUGGAGAUACCAUCCGAACACAAAAGCUUUCCUUUAUCAUUAGAACAGUGGGACGACAUUUUCCUGGUUACUUGCUGGCGUGGGACUUUGUCAAAGAAAACUGGAACAAGCUUGUACAGAAGUUCCAUCUGGGGUCCUAUACCAUACAAAGUAUUGUUGCUGGAUCAACACACCUGUUUUCAACAAAGGCACAUCUGUCUGAGGUCCAGGCAUUUUUUGAAAAUCAGUCAGAGGCAACCUUUCGGCUUCACUGUGUCCAGGAGGCUUUGGAAAUCAUUCAGUUGAAUAUCCAGUGGAUGGAAAAGAACCUCAAAACUCUGACAUGGUGGCUGUAGCAUGCACAACUGCGCCUCGUUUUGUCAUCCAUCCAGAGAGCUUGUUAACUUGGGUUCUGCUGCUUUUGCAAAAGUCAAGGUGACACCAGAUUGCUGCUGAGUUGUUUGCACUCUUAGGAGUUCUAGUUAGCUCAGGGCCCAUCUGUAUUUUUCAUCUGUCUUUUCAGAAAGUUUUUGGCAGUAUGUAGUUAUUUAUUACAAAAUUAUAUUCACCUAUAUGCCAACCAUCUACAAAAACAAUGAGUAAUUUUUCUACUUUGAAGAUACACGAAUGUGGGAAAAAUCUGUUUUGGAAUUCUGUUCUAUUUCUCACUACCCAGAAGGUAUUGACAAAGCGGAAAAAGGAAAAAGCUGCCGUGGGUGCCUCCAUCGCUGCAGGCUCUGGUUUAUCAGCCAUUUGUUGCUUUUGUUGACAGAUGUUAUUUGAAUGUGGAACAGAGUUAGCUUCAAAAAGUAUGGUAAUAAAGUCAGUGAAUCAUGCAGCUAGCCCACUGACCUCAGGUGUGCACCUCUACUUUGGUUUGGGGUUUUGAUUAAUCCUUUGUUUUCUGGAAAAAGUUUAAAAGAGAUCUGUAACUACUAUAUCUUUUUCUGCAUAAUAGCCAGGUGCUACAAAUUUAAAAAAUUUUUGUUUUAUUGAUAAGCCAAAUAAAUCCAAAUUCUUCAAAUCUAUACACCUUUAUCACUCCCUGCCAUAAACACACCUUAUGUUAUAAAUAAGUAUUUCUACAUUUAUGGCAAGCAUUUUGUUAGUACUGGUGUCUUUUGUCAUGACUCUAUCACUAAGAAUAUGAUUUGUUUAAGUUGCCUUUGGCAUACAUAAUAAAUCAUAGACACUUUCUGAAUCAUAUCUGUAGGUGUUUUCACUUUAUAUGAUAGAGUAGCAUAUUUUUAAAUAGGGCCUUUAAGAAACUGAACAUUUUUGAAGUUCACCACAGUACCUUAAAGGAAUAAAGAGAAUGUAGGAUAGGAGUAACUUGAUUCAGUUUUAAUAUGGUGGGCUUUGGAUUUUUUUUCUGUUACCAAAACAGUACUUUUCUUUAGUUGAAAAAUCAUAGUUUUCUUUUAUCAUGGCCAAACUAACAUUAAAAGGAAUGGCAAAGGAAAGGAAGAAAGAAAAAUGAGGAAGCUCUCCAAAACUGUAUGGCAUUUUUACUCCUUCUAAAGGAGGAAUACUGUACUUGAAUUUUCUGAGCUAUGCAGACUUAUACCUAGAUUGCUGUGUUUCUUUGAUUCUUAGAAGAAAAGCUUUCUUCCUAAAAAUUCUUGAGUACUUUAUAUUUUGCUUGAAAAUAUCUUCUUUGUACAUAAAAAGGGUAGUUUACCCAUUUGAAAGCACUUAAAACACUCCACAGAAUGAGACAGUGGGAAAGGUCAUCUUUUUUAUUCAGCAGGUGUAAAGUAAGGAUACAUGGAUUGUGUAUAAAAUUUUAUUUUUAUUUUAUGAAAAUAUUUUUAUAUAACAAAAUUUAAAAGAUUGGCAAGCUAAAAGAUAGCCUUCUUUAAUCCUAGUGUUUUUCCCCAAUUCAGUAUUUUCUAAACAACAUUUAUCUUUCUGUUUUAGAGUAGCAAAUAUCCUGAGAAUCACAGAACUAUCUACAGAUGUCUUAUCGAAACUGGGAUGACUGGUCUUUAUUCCUCUUGUGCUUCAGUCAAUGAAUGAUUAUUUAGUCGAUAUUGAAAGUUAUUAUGUUUUUAUAUUUUUAGAGUGGGGAAAAAUACUAAACUUUUGAGGGUGUUUUUUGUUGCUGUUUUUUUACUGUUAUAUUACUAAAUUCCACUUUGAUACAGAGUUUAAAUUUUGCUACUUCUCGAAAACAGUUAAGAUUCUUCAGUUUUUCCUGCCCAUCUUUACAUUGCUCCUGUAAUAUAUAUUAGCUCUGAAUAUGGCAAAUCUUGUUUUGAAUCACAUCAUUUUUUCCCCUGUGUGUGUGUGUGUGUGUGUGUGUGUGUGUAGUGGGCAGGGGGUAUUGUUAUAAGUAAAAUUUUAUCAAAACAUGGGCUAAAAAAGAGGAAAUUCAUUAACUGUUGCUAUCUUUCUACUCAGAAGCUGCUCAUUCCCCUGAUACCUGAUCCAUACUGUGUAGUUUUAGUAAAGUCUCACCUCAAGUUUUCCCACAGAAUUCCCUUAUUUUUUAAUGUCAUGCUAAUCCAUCUAUAUGGGACUUCAAAAACUAACUCUAAAUUAGUAAUAUAAGGUUAAGUAACAGAACCUGUAGUAUCAUAAGUGUAAUUUUAGCUUUUGAAGGUUUUUUUCCCCCCCGAACUUCCUUGUCUCUGUAUUUCUGAGAACUCAGAUAGAUGGAAGCACAGCAGUCAGUUUGCCCUUUGCUCCAGGAGCUGGGUCCACGGCGCAAGGAAGUUCUUGUCUGACAAGUAGGGCACUCAGUGCAGAGAUCGUCUCGUGAAUGUAGUAGAGAAGGCACUUCCGUCAUCCUAGGUGACAGGAAAGACAGAAUUGGAAAUGUGGAGUUGUAGAGCAAAAAGUUGUGCUUUGGAGAUCUGAAAGACUAUGAAUGUAGAAAUCUAAGGAGUCCAGUCUGUUUUGUUAAUAUCAAGUGUUUGGAUCUAUUAAACUGCAAGUGGUGUCAGCUUCCACCAUGAUCUCGUGCCUCCUUCCACCUUGCUGUUUUAAGUCUCUAAGUGAAAUUGUGUUGUUUGCCAUUGUCUCAGUGUUCAUGGACUUUAUUACCAUCACAGGUUCUACUUGACUAAUAUUUUUUGCCCUUCAUGUUUUCAUUUUAUUGUACUUUAACCACUUAGGGACAAAAGAGCUAUCAGAAGAGUGCUGGGUAUGUAGAGGAAGUUGAGCUGCAUCAAUCUUACUGGGGACAGAACAGAAUCCUUUCCGAUUAUUGGAAAGUAAGAAAUGAAAGCUAAGUGCUGAGAUGGUUGGAUUACUAGUGCCUGUUAGUUGGACUUUGAAAUAGAGUCUCCUCAGACUAAAGCUCCUGGGACGGUAAUUUGCACUCAGAUUGUUGCUCACAUGCACUUCAUGCAUUUCCUGGGGCUACAGGGAAGGAGUAUGCUUCUCAGGAGAUGUCUCAUUGCCAAGGGUAGCUGGGUUUGCAGAAGGAGACCUGAGCUGCCUAGGUAUGAUGUGGCUCUUCUCCUCUUGGCCUUUGUUACUUUUUUUUAAAUUAGAAUUAACUCUGUUUUUAAAGAGCUUCCCUCCCUUACCAAAAAACACCCCAAUUUGUGCUCUAAAAAACUAAUGUAUAUGUUGUUGCUGCUUUUUGGGUUCUUUUGUUUUGUGCUUCAUUCUGUGCAUCGGCAAGUAAGUACCAAAUGAAAGGAGCUCGAUCUCCUUCUCCCUUGCCCUUGCUGCCUGCACGGGCAGUCGUUGACAGAACAGUUGAUUGAUUGUGAAUGGCUUUUUGGGAGUGUGUACUCUUCAAAUGUACAUAUGUGUUUUGAUAUGUUUUUAUAUUCUUUCAUUCUGUAAAUUUUGUCCUGAUGAAAAGUGAAAUCCUGUCCUAUGAAAGUCUCUUCUGAGCAUCCCAUAUUGCCUGUGUGGGCAACAGCUACAGAGUGAUUUGAGUUCCUUUUUUUGGAAGGAGAUGGUGAUACUGGGAGGAGAUCAGAGUAUGUUCUUUUUAAAAUGUAUACCAAUGUUUUUGCUGCUGUUUUGUGAUGUUGUCUCAUUUCGCAUUGAUUUCAUCCCCCCAUAGCUGUGUAGAUACCCAGUGAGCCGUGGAGGCCCGGAAGCGUGACGGUGUCGCCCACCCCCACCCUUGCUGCCUGCAUGGACAGUGACUCACAGGAGUCGUAGUUGCUGUGGUUCUGAUCUGGUCUUGGGUGCAGCUGGGUUGUGUAUCGUCUUUCAAGUGUAUGUACCGAUUAUGCUACUUUUUUGUAUUUCAUUUUAUAUGUGCUCCUUUGCAUGGAUGCAUAUGUACUUAAUGAAAUUGAGGUUCAGAGUAUGACAGAUUUCCUCUUUCUCCCUUUUCCUUAUUGCCUCUUUAUGUAAUAGCUAAUAGAGUAAUUCUGUUUUGUGGGAUGGGAGAGAGUGGGGUAUGAGCUUAAUGUAUAUAAAUAAAUUUGCUACUCCUUAGUAUUGCUAAUUGGUCCUGCACCCUUCUCAUAGGACAGGAAAGUACCUAAUGAAGCGUGGAGGUCCAUGUAUGACAGUCUCCUCUUGACCCCUUCCCACAUUGCCUGUGUGGCAGCAGCUAGAGUAGUUGUUGGAGUGCCGCCUGAGGGAGAGAGAUGUACUUACUGUAUAUACUUGUUUUUUACUACCAAUUUGUAUUAUCUCAUUAGGUGCCCAGACUGGAAGGUACCUGAUGAACCGUGGAGGUCUGGAUGUAUAACAAUCUCCUCUUCUCCCCUUCCCGUAUUGCCUCGCUGGGCAAUGGCUUGUAGAAUAUUUGAUUAGUUUCAGGGGUUCUUUUGUGGGUAUUGGGGUAAAUACUUUAAAAAUGUUUUUACUUCUUUAUUAUUUCAUUGGGUACCCAGUCCUUCACUUGAACACAUAGAUUUCUAACGAACCAUGGAGUUCUAGAUGUUUAGCAAUCUCCUCUUCUCUCUUUCUCUUUUAUAAAUAUGUAGGCAAUAAUUUUUAAAGGUUUUUGAAGUUUUAGGGGGUGGGAAGGGACUAAGGGCAGGAUCUAUACUUUUUAAAACUGUAUAUACAGUGUUUGUUACUAUAGUGUGUUACUCAUUUGGUACCCUGUCCCUUGCUUGGACGUGCAGGUACCUAAUGAGACGUGGAGGUCCGGAUGUAUGAAAAUCUCCUCUUUCCCCUUUCCUUAUUGCCUCUGUGGGCAAUAGUUUUACUUAGAGUAGACUAGAUUAUUUUUUUAACUCUUAUUACUCCCUCCUCUGGGAGGGUGGGAAUAUGUACUUUUUUAAAUGUAUAUAAAUGUUUUUGCUCCUUUUCUCUGUUAAGUUCAUUUUGUACCUAGACCUUUCCAUGGAUUCUUAGGUACAUGAUGAAAAAAUUAAGGUUCAUUCUAUGAAAAAAAUCUCCUCUUGUCCCCUUUCCUGAUUGCCUGCCUGGGCAAUGAUUCUGGCAUAGUUAUAUAGAGGCUUUUUGUUGUUUUUUGGCAGGGUAGUGGGGGAUUUCUGGGUUUCCGUUUUUUUUAAAGUAUGUGAAUGUUCGCUGCUUUUUUCUCUCACUCCAAACCCAGUUUUCUGUUUGGACUUGCAGAUACCCCGUGCCACGUGGAGGCCCAGACCAGAGGUGGUCGGAGUUCUCUGCUUCCCUCUGCAGUCUGUGUGCGUGGGCGGCAGCACCAGAGUAGUUUGGAGCUUGGUUUUUGUUUUCCGUUCUUUAGGUUUUUAAUGAGGAACAGGCUUGUUAGGCAAAAUACAUACAUUUUUUAAUGUAUAUAAGUGUUUUUACCUCUUUUUAAUAUUCUCUACGUUUUGAAUCUAGUCCUUUGCAUGACUAUUUAGGUACUUAGUGAAGGUUGAGAUUGAUUCUAUGAAAAAUCUCCCCUACUCCCCUUCCCUCAUUGCUGGUAGACAUUGACAGAAGAAUAGGUGUUUGGUUUCUUUUUUCUGAAGGGGUUGUGGGUGUGGAAUUCUGGGUGUGUGUGUGUGUGUGUAUAUAUGUUUACUACAUUGUAUGUUAUUUCAUUUAGUACUUAAUUCUUUGCUGGAACUUGUAGGUAUAUAAUGAAACUUGGAGGUCCAGAUGUAUGAUAAAUCUCCUCUACUCCCCUUCCCUCACUGCCUAACACAGGCAAUAGUUUUAUAAUUUGGGUUUGUUUUUUUAGAGGGAGGGAUUGUUUGGGUGGGUAGCGGGUAGGGGAAAAGGGCAGGGUAUGAACUUUUUAAAAAUGUAUAUAAAUGUUUUCCUGUUACUGAUUUUGUACCUAGUCCUUUGCCUAGAUGUAUAGGUACCCAGUGAAAAUCAAGGCUCAGUGUAUGGACAUCUUCCCUUCUCCCAUUCCCCUCAUUGCCUGUGUAGGCAGUAGCUAGUAGAAUAGUUGUGUAGUGUUUACUUUCUUGUUUGUUUUGGGAGGAUUUAUAUUUGUGGCAGGGGAAUAUGCUUGAUACAUCUAAUAUGUUUUCAUUCUUUGUUACUUCAUUUUUCUUUUGUGUAUGGCUAAGUAGGAACCUCAGGAAGGUAGAGCUUCACAGGGUGGCAGAAUACUUCCUUUCUCCCAUAUUGGCUUGUUUGGCAGUAGCUAGGAUAGUUGUUGUUUUGUGAUUAUUUUUUUUUAUUCUUUAGGAUAUAUGCCCUUAAAGAUAAAAAUACACACACAAACAUGUAUCUUUGUUUUUCCACUAUUUUCCUUUAAUGCAUAGUCCCUUGCAGGACUCCAAGUGUGUCUAACCAAAAUAAAGUCCCACCAAAUCCCUGCCACCUGACUUAAAGUUGUAGUGUUGUGGUGGUGUAACUAAUAGCAACAGGCAUGGAGCAAAUAAGAUGGGAGGUGACACUUGGAUAUGGUUGAGUUGUGAAAUAAAUCAGAUGCAGCAUUUUACACUGAUUCAAACUGAAUGAAAUGGUGAGAAAGGACCUGUACUUUGGAAAUUCCAGAAAGGCCAGAGGACAAGGCCACGUGAAGGUGUUUUUAAAGUUCUUUGGUGACUGAUCUUUCAGUAACUGGUAAGCCAAAAGAACGUCUGCCAAGAACUCACUUGAAGACCCUUGAGAGCAGCUUCUUUUUGAAGCCUGGAAUUCUGGUUCUUCUACAGGAGUCUGUUGCAGUUUUAUCAAUAGCAUUUUCUUGUGUACCCAGUAGAAAUUGUUCUGGUUUUUGGAAUGGACCUUGUGAGUUAUUGCCAUAGUUCUAGUGAAUGACAACAUGGACCCAAAAACUAAUCCAAAAAGACCUUGGGGGCAAGCCACUUCUAACUGUGAACACCCAACUAGGGAAAGGCAGGCUCUCCUGUGUAGCUGCGUCUCUCUCAUUCUCCAUCAGCUGGACUCUUCCUGUUCUUCAUUCCUUUCUUCUUCAGCAUCCGCAGUGUUAAACGUUAUCUUUAAGUGCAUCAACAAUGUAAGCCAAUGUUGCUUCGUCAGCUGUAUGUCUUUGCACACAUUUCAUACAUCGAGACCCAUAUGUUCGCUUUCAGCAUUCUUCAAUCAUAUUUCACAUUGAUUCUUCAUCCACUUGUAAAUGUCAUGACUCCACAUUUGUCUGUUUCAAAGCAAAUGCAUGUGUAAAAUCCAUCCCCUCAUUCCUCCCUCCAUCCCUUCCUUCCAGCUUCUGAGCAUUGUUUGUUUGCUCUGCAAUUUAUAAUGAUUAUAAUGCUGAAGAUUUGCCAUAUUAUUAUUAUUUUUUUUAGAAACAUUGAGUGAUAGGACUCCUAAAAAAUUUGCAAAGAGAUGUUACUUACCAUACCAAACUCAGGUUCUAGUGUUGAAAAAUUUGCCUAUACUUUGCUGUUACUUAUACUUGCUGCUGUAGAAAAAAUAAAAGUUUAUUCAUGACACAUUUAACUUUGAUCAUAAAUAAAAGAGAAGGGGGCACCUUUUUAGAGUUAGUCAUGGUAGUUGUCAGUGAUAUUUCUGAACAGUUCUAAUUUGAAAUACUUCAAAGGAAGUACAGGUCAUGGCUUAGCUGAAUGAAAUGCUCCAGAAGUUGAACUAUAUAAACCAUCAGUACAACAAUACACUUAUGUGUGUAUAUAUGAGAAUUACAGCGUAAUUGGAGCAUUUGCAUUAAUCAACAAACUCACAUUGAGACAAAACUUAGUCUUACAGUUGUCUUGAUUAAAGCCAAGUGUUUCAUGUUCCUGUGAAGGUAAUUUCUUUCAAACACUUUGAAAAGUAAUUACUUGGAAACUUGCAAAAGUAUUACAUUUUUGUAUUGCUAUCUAGAGAAGUCUCCAGUUCCUUGAAUCUGAGCUUGUGGGUGGAAUUCUAAAUUUAUAUCAUAAUCUGUCUUUUGUGGAAGAUUUUGAAAAUAGUAUAUAUAUAUAUAAUAUUAUAUAUGCAAAUUGUGUUGUGUCACUUAUAAAGGGAAAAGGCUUAUUUUUCUUUAUACUUCUGAUAACUUGUUUUGCAUAUGACCAGCACUGACUGACUCAAAGGCAUGUGUAACUGCAAACACUGUUGCUUUUUUUUUUGUGAAAUGAAAAUAAAAGUAUUUAAAUAUAAA